AUGGCAGCAACUCCUGAACACAGAUUCAGGCCAGGUUGCCGCAUCAUUUUCGAAAGAAAGGAAAAAAGCCCACCGCUAUCUGAGUUGCUCUUCGCAGCCCUUGAGAGACUCCAAAACAGGCCUGAGGAACUUGUGCGCGCCCGAGCCCGAUUCGACAGGUCCCCUGGUGCCUCUUCGUCAACACCAUGUUCCUGCACUGCCAGCACUGCCAGCAUCGCCAGCACCCCAGAACCCUGGCCUGAAUUCGACGAAGCCCACGAAUUUGAAAGACAUUUUGAGCUCCUUAAAUCAUCACCUUGCCAUCAGUUCCAUUACCAGGCAAAUAGGGAGCACGUACGGAUCAUUGAGCAGUCCAUUCGGAGUAUGGAUCGGCGCAAAGAAACGUUGCCGUAUGAUGGUGGAGAUCUUUCUGACAACGCAGCACGGAAUAUCAUGAACAACUGGAUUGAGCAAGGUAUCUGGAAUGACACAUGGACCACAGACUGUGUGGGGGUCGUUUGGAAGCACGAGGAGGAACCUCCUGCCACUGCUCCUCCUCUGCUCUGUACAAGGGAGGGGGAGCCGGUGACUGAAGAACAACGGGCUACACACGCACAGGAAGCUGCGGCAUCUCGCCCCCACCCACAGUUUCUCUACCAGAUCUCUAAAGAACGCAAGUGGCUUGAAGAUGAGUUGUCCACGAGCCUUAAUGAUAUUGACCAGGUUGCGUACCAAAAUGUCAAAGAAAGUUGGGUCAAGCAGAAGAUCUGGAAUCCCGAAUGGACUGAGAUGCCAGGAGACACGUGGAUGCACGAAAGGCUUGGUAUAGACAAAACACAGAGUUUGUUCCGCACAGGGGCUUUUCAGGACAUGUUUCCUCCCUGUGUUGAAGUUAUUUUGGUCGGCAGCGACGACAACAACAUGUACCAAGAGAUGAACAGUGGUUUGUCUCUUCUCUCUGGUGCGGGACCCUGCACAGAGCAUGUCCCUUCAAGAAGCGAAGGCCAGCAAGCAGGCGAGGGCGAAGCAGGUUUCAAUGUUGAUGACGGUGGUAGCCUGGUGACGAUGAAACCUGAAACGUUGACCCAUCAGCUGAGACUUGGACCCGGCUCUGGAAAUCAGGAUGCCAGCACCUCACCUUGGUCGGGGCGGCUUCGACAAUGCAAACGAGUUGACUACAACGAGAACGCGGCGUCAUUGGGGAUGCACCAGCCGAGUCCAGAUGUGACACUUCCCCGACAGAAGAAGUCCAACCCUGACGUCGCCGCCCACCACGAUCCCGAAGAAGGAGUUUCCAGUGGCACAACCACCUUUGCGAUUAAAGUUAAAAAGAAGUCACUUCAGGCGAAAAAGCACAUCUCUAGGCAAACUGUCGAGAAGACUUCCUCUGCUGGUGCCGGUGCUCCCAAAACUCUUGCGCCAAAGGUGAGAAGUGAUCAUGGAGGACGAGAUAGUCUUCGGGUUACAAAGCGACGCAGAACAGACGAGGCCACACGUUUUGACCCUAAUUCACCUGCCUCUACACUACGAUCUAAGAGACCUCAGGGUCUCAAGAAAGGUCAAGCCAAAUGA